GCAAACACAUGGAGCAGGUUGAAAGUUUGGGACUAAGACUCGUGUACCUUCUCAUUGAGGAUAUUUGAGGUCCGCUUUGACACCUUGCAUCCUCUUGCAUUUGGAAUAACAGUUCUAUUACUCAGCUUUACUUUGCACAUUUGGACAUCAGGCACAUUACAUCGCAAUGGUCAGGUAAAACAUGAGAUUUUGUAUAACUGGAUUAGAAAAUUCCUGAUUUUAUAUCCUGAAAUCUGGAAAUUUGGAAACCACAAAAUGGCAUACACUUUUUGAUCCGUUUGAACAUUUGUUGAUCAUUUUUCGCCAUAGCACUGACAUCUAAAAACUAGUGGGGAAAACAAAUGAAAGAUUAUUAGAAAUAUUUCCCCUGAAAAUAACUAAUGGAAAGGUGGCAAAAUGAUGCACUGUUACUAGGUUAUCCAUGAAAAUAAUGGUUUUACCCCAUUGGCAUGUUGUACAUUUAUGAGUGAAAAAGUUGUCCAUAACACCAAAAUUACCUAAGUAAAUUAUUAUUAGUUAAAUCUUUAUUUUUCUAAAAAAACAUACUCCUUUAGGAGUGAAAUUGAUUAAUUUGAAUUGCAACAUCAGAGAUUUAUGUCUCUUCAUCUUUAUGUGAAGAAAGAAAGAAAUACACUUUUCAAAGUUCCCAAAAUAUGGUGUCAUUCAAUCUAUUUGGUAUCGUCCUCGUCCUGACUACCUAUGCAUGUCUAUUGAACUCAAGUCCACUGAGCCCGUACAAACGCGUCUUGGCCAGGCGUGCAGAGAGUGAGCUCUCCCGCCUCGCCAGUGAACCUUGCACUGUCUCCCGCUCUCGGAGAUCUCUGCAGCAGCCCCGAACCUUCUCCCCAGCUCAACACCGCCAUUCAGUGGCCAAAAGGAGGACGAUCCGCCGAGGGUUCCAUACUGCCACAAGCGCUCCUGUUGGUUGCACGGAGGAGUGCAUGUUUGACACCAAGGUAGAGAAGGCAAUUCGGCCUGUUACAGACCCAAGGAAGGAGCAAACUUAUGAUACGUUGCCUGGAUAUUUUCCUGAGAAUCACAUUGAGAAGGAAGACCCACAGCCUUGGAGUUUAUCACAAAACGAUGGCGGGCAAAGUCGACCUUCACGCGGCUCCAGGUUUGAACGCAGUGUCGAUGAUAAGGGAAACACGAGCUCUGCUGGGAAAUCAAAUUCUAGUGUGCUUCAAAUACAACAAGAUGACGAUAAUAGUCCUUCCAGUGGUAGUCUGGAGGACGGGAACGAGGACUUCCCCGGAGAUGUGGAUCCUUCCACACCCCGGUUUGUCAACAGUGCGUCUCUGUGGGGGAAACCAGUGCAAAAGGUGCCCCCAUCUUGGAUGACGACCCUGUACUUCUCCGGGCGCCAGGAGCAGCUGAGAGUAAAACCAUCCGUAGGGGUGGAGCUGCCUAGGGACAAGUUCAGCCUGGAGCUAUGGGUGAAUCCAGAAGGUGGACAGAGCAACCCUGCGGUUAUUGCAGGUGUGUAUGACAACUGUUCCCAUUCGCUAAGUGAGAAGGGCUGGUCAGUAGGCAUUCGAUCUAUGGACUCUGCAGGCACCAAGGAUGCACGAUUCUACUUCACGCUUCGCACAGACCGAGCUUUGAAGUCUACCACUGUAAUCAACCACCGGCAAUACAGAGCAAAUGCCUGGACUCACCUGAUUGCGACAUACAAUAGCCACAACAUGACCUUAUAUGUUGAUGGGGCUAAGGUGGGAGAAAGUACUCUCCAGUUGGGAAAUCUCUAUAGCCCCUUCAUGAAGACCUGCAGAACUUUCAUCCUGGGAAGUAACCAGUCAGAACAGGGACAGGGCUUUAGGGGCCAAAUAGGAGGUGUAGUGUUGUGGGACUACGCCCUUUCUCAUGAGGAUCUGCAGAUGCGACCACUCCAAAAGACGAAGCCUCUACUGGCUAUGUGGGCUGACUUUACAAAUGUGGAACAGAUCUGGACUCCUUACAAAACUGGAUUUCAUCCGGCUGUCAUCCCCACUCCUGUCCCUGAUUUAGAGCUUGUCUCCUCCUUCUUGCCACCACCCUGUGGCCUUACAUCUUGUGACAACACGGAUAUAAUUUUUGGUUACAACAAUUACGGGCCGCUCCGUGCACCCAAACGAGUCCGCUACAGAAUUAUCAAUCUCUCCAAUGAUGAUGGCGGUAACCCUACUGUAACACCAGCCCAGAUUAACCUCCAACAUCAGGCCCUGAUUGAUGCCUUUCACCCUUACAAUAUCACCCUAGAGUUGACUGUACACACAGUCAGAAACACCAGUCUCCGGCAGCGUUUCAUUCUUAGUAACUGUCGAAUUGGGAAAAUUGGGAACCGCAAUUGUGAUCCGGAGUGUGACCAUCCAAAGACAGGCCAUGAUGGGGGAGACUGCCUUAGACUCGGUCCCUGCUACAACUGGAAAAGACAGGAUGGAGUUUGUAAUAUGGAAUGUAACAGUAUACAUUAUGACUAUGACGAUGGUGACUGUUGUGACCCAGAAACAACAGAUGUUCUCAAGACCUGUUUUGAUCCAGAUUCACCUGAAAGGGCAUAUAUGAGUGUGAAAGAACUUAAAGAGGAGCUUCAUCUGAGUGGCUCUGACACCCUGAAUGUGUUCUUUGCCAGUAACUCAGCACGAGAAGAGCUGGCCGGAGCUGCAACCUGGCCAUGGGCAAAGGAGGCCCUUACACAUCAAGGUGGAAUGGUGCUGAACCCAUCCUAUUUCGGCACAAGUGGACACCACAACACUAUGAUACAUGAAAUGGGCCACAUAUUUGGACUGUACCAUGUCUUCAAGGGAGUGAGUGAACGAGACUCCUGUGAUGACCCAUGUCAGGAAACCACACCAUCUAUGGAAACAGGAGAUCUGUGCGCUGACACUGCGCCAACACCCAAAUCCAAAGCCUGCCAUGAUCCUGGAACUGUUAACGAUACAUGUGGUAUCACCAUGUACCAGGACACACCAUAUAAUAAUUACAUGAGUUAUACAGAUGAUAACUGCACCAAUCAUUUUACCCCCAACCAAGUAGCCAGGAUGCACUGCUAUCUUGACUUGGUCUAUCAGAACUGGCUGAUGAAACACCGACCUGGUACCAUCCCUCUGCCACCAAUGGUGACUGACCAGAGUCCAGAUUCUGUCUCUAUUUAUUGGCUGGCACCAUUAAUGGGGUCACUCUAUGAAAGCUCCCACAUGUCUGGCGUCAAUUGUGGAGAUUGUGACAAAGAUGGUGUCUACCACCAGUAUGCUAAUGAGGCGGCCUCACCACGCAUUUGCGACACUUCAGGAUACUGGGCACCUGAUGAGGCUAUUGGCCCACCGGAUGUCGAGCAGCCAUGUGAGCCGAGUCUUCAAGCUUGGAGUCCUGAACUCAGCCUUUAUGAUACUAAUGUGACAUCCCCCUGUCCUGAACCUGAGGGUUGUACUCUCAUGCUCAAAUUUCUCUUCCCCAUUGUUCCACAAACUCUUACGCUCUGGAUAACAUACAUCUCCACAAACAAUCCUGCCAUUGCUGACAUAGAGCUGAUAACAGACACAGGUAAAACCAUGAGCCUUGGACCACAGCACAUCUUCUGUGACAUGCCCUUCACCCUACGGCUCGAUACCAACAAUGUUGCCAUCAGUGCCAUAAAGCUCUUCACCUUUGAUGAGAAGAUGGAGAUUGAUGCCGCAAUGUUGUCUUCUGGCCCUGGUAGUCAUCUCUGCUCUGGCUGUCGACCUUUGUUGUAUCAUAUUCACCGGCGGCCACCCUUCACCAGCAAAUUGCCAUCACCUCAGACCCAGCAGAUAUUCAAGGACAGAACUGUAAAAAUGGGAGAAAGGUAUGAGUACAUGAUCCAGGUAGAAAGGGAUGGUAUGCUCAGCCAUAUCUCUCCAUCCCUUUUUUACACGCAUGGCCAGCCUUACUGCGGAGAUGGUGUCAUUCAAGGGGCUGAUGAAUGUGACGAUGGAAAUAUGUUAGAUGGCGAUGGAUGCUCUAAGAAGUGUCGGAAGGAAAAGGGUUUCAACUGUGUUGGUGAACCCAGCCAAUGUUAUGUUUUUGAUGGGGACGGUGUGUGCGAAGAGUUUGAACGGGUUUCCAGUUUUCAGGACUGUGGAUAUUUUACACCUUUGGGUUACACAGACCAGUGGGCUUCUACUGCAACCGCUUCUCAUCAGGACCCUGACCACUGUCCCGCCCACGCUGCCACUGGUGAACCAUCAUUUAAAAAACUCUGUAGGUACCAGUACAUGGACGUGAGUGAAAAACUGCCCACUGAUGCAUGGUUCCCUUGCACAGCUCUCUCUGACACAAGUAAUGACCUAGACCAUCCAUUUUGGCUGAAGGUAGGAUUUGUCCAUUCUGGAGUGGCAGCUUCUGUCAUGGUGUAUCUGGCUUCAGCUGGGUCAUGUCGUGGGGAACAUUGCCAAAGGACUGCUACAAUACUGCUUUCUGAUACUACUGGAAAGAAUCAUUCACUAGGCACACAUAACCUCUCAUGCCAUCGGAACCCAUUGGUGGUUAACGUGACCCAUGACCUGUCUCAGCCUUUCUUCCUCACCUCAUCUGUAAUCCUCCUCUUCUCUUCCUCAUCUGUGGCAAUCGGGGCCAUAGCCCUGAGGACCUCUUGCCACUUCAGCACCUUCGCCGUGACCGGCUGUUUGAGGCAGGCAUGUCAGAUGGACAGCUGUACCCCCCCUCAGCUAGACCACGCCUCUGUCAGGUGUGUAGGUGGUGGGCAGUCAUCUCACUGCUCUGUUCAGUGUCACUUUGGUUUCAGCAUCACUGUCCUGAAUGGCAGGGAAGUUCCACCACACCAGAGACAGACGGAGAUGGAGUGUUUUCAUGGUCUAUGGAAUCGCGCAGUUAGUUGUCAGCCUGUCGACUGUGGCCUGCCUGAUCAUUCCCAUGUUUACCAUGCAAUAUUUAGUUGUCCCUGGGGAACAACCUAUGGAAAACAAUGCUCCUUUACCUGUGGAUCCCCAGCCAUACUACAAGGUGACAGUGACAGACUGGUAUGUUUGGAGGAUGGUUUGUGGUCUUUUCCAGAAGCCUACUGUAAGAUCGAGUGCCUAGAAGUUCCAAAAAUUCCCAAUGCCAAACUGUUGACGGCAGAGUGCCUUUCUUCGAGCCAUGAUGUUGGCUCCAUCUGCCGUUUCAAAUGCAACCCAGGCUUCUAUGUAUUGGGGAGUCUCCAAAAGAAGAUACCGAAGAAAUACUUCAAAUGUGAGUGCCUUGAGGGAGGGCAAUGGGAGGAUGCCUCCUGUGAGCCGAUAUCUUGCCCAGCAUUACCUGAUGUAUUCCAGGGCAUGUAUACAUGCACCAAUGGCCUCAACUAUGGUACACUCUGUACCCUGCAGUGUCCAGAUGCAAGAGAAAAUAGUGUGAUUCACUGCACUAAAGAAGGUGAAUGGACGGAACAGUUUACCAUGUGCUCCGGGCUCCAAGGAUCCUGCUCUGCUCCUACUGAUCUCAACUCUGUGUCAUAUAGCUGUGAUGAGGGAAUGAAUAUUGGUGCUGUUUGCUUUCCAACAUGCAUUUUAACCCCUGACAUGGACCUUCAUGACCCAGUGAUUCUGCCUAAUGGCUCAACAGUUGACCCUUUAAAACACUGGAUGCUUCCCAUUAAAGUUCAGACCAUUGUCUGCACAGGGAUGAUGAAGUGGUAUCCAGCCCCUGAAAACAUUUACUGCAUUCAGUCAUGUGAGCCUUUUGGAGGGGAUGGCUGGUGCGACACCCUCAACAAUCGGGCCUACUGCAAGUAUGAUGGAGGAGAUUGCUGCCCGUCUACACUAUCUUCCAAAAAGGUCAUUCAGUUUGGGGCAGACUGCGAUCAGGACGAGUGCACUUGCCGUGAUCCUGAUGCCAAAGAGAAUAAGAGCAAAGCCAAGGACCCGGAAGGGAGAAUGUAAAUCCCAUAAAAUAGAUAAGUGAGGAACAGUGACGUGGUGUAACAUAAGUCAAACUGUAAAUAAUAUAAACAACAACAACAUCAACGAAUAUCACAAUGCAGACAAAGGUUUUUGCAGGUCAAGGCAUUCUUUUGAAGAUGAUCAUAAGCACCAUAACCUAUGAGAACAUAAGUAAUUAAAAAGAAGAGAUCACACAAAUACAGUGUUACAUUGUGUAGUUAGUUUUAUGAGUAUAUGGGAACUGAAAUGGUACAGUAUAACUAACUAGUGAAGCAUUUCACAUUCGAAUGAGGUUUGCUGCUGCUAUUAUCUAUCAUCCAAUUAUCCCAAAUGAUCAGAAUGGUUUUAGUGCAAACUAGGACUCAAUAUUCCUGACUUUUAACUUUAGAACGGUAAAUGGCUCUGUUACAUUUCAUAUAGAGUUUUGCAAAACUGAUGUUGAUAAAUCAUUUUCAUAUGCUUGUACUAUUAUUCACAUGUGACUGAAAAGUUUAGUAUUAAAGUCAUCUUGACCAGACAUACAGUAUAUAAAUGUUAUAAGUGUAAAAAUGACUGGUCACCAAUAUUAUAGACUCCAUUUGUAAAAUUUGAAGUUGGUAUAAGGUAAUGUACAAUUCAAUAAAUAUUGAAGCAAAACCCCACCCACUGCUGCAAGAUGCAUGCCUUUUAAGAAAUAUUGGAAUAACUGAUGCAAAUAUUUUAUGCAAGCUAGAGAGUAUGUAACCAUGUUCAGUAUUUUUUAUGUACUUUAUAUUAUGUAUUGAAUAAAUAGAAACUAUAAUUUUUUUUGUGGUUUGACUUCUGUUCUCUGACUUAAACACAAAAAUCUGUACAUUAACCUCGCCUCUAUACAUAUGUAUAUCCAUGUCUGACAGAACAAUACGGAACUCGUUUUAAGGUGGAAAUUAACACACACUUUCCAUCUUCAGCCAGCCUCAUAAUAGUUUGACUUUUGGGGCAAGGGGGUGGGGGCAAAACAUGUUGAUGACCCCGAAAAGCAGUGUCAGCAAUAAAAUUAACUUCCAAGAAUAUUUACAAUAAUAAGUUGAAAAUGAGCGUUUUUUCCCCCAUCAUUCUUGAGAGGAAUUCUUAAUCAGGCUGCUCAGGCUU